CCCUCCCUUGCAACAGCCCCUUAAGAGGCCUGACCCAACCUUCAGCAGAACAGCACCAGUGGGCCUAGAAUGGACAUCCUGGCCUGCAAAGGGAAAGAGGCAGCUGAGUCAGUGGCAGGCCCAAGUAUUUGUAUUUAAUGUGUUCACGAUUAUCUGGGCAGGAGGGAAAUGAGGCAGGCAGAGGUGAGAAGGCCAGGUAGGGGAUGAAGCAGGCAGGAAGGGAAAGGGCAGCAGGGGUAGAGGUGGAAGUCUUGUCCCUUUUUCUCCUCUAGGCCCUCUGUAUUCCCCACCACCCUCACUAUCUAACCUAAUACUUGACUUCCUUUCCAUCUCCCUUCAGGCCUGCUCACUUGCCUGGUUCACCCCAGAACCAUCAGUUGGAAAGAGCAGCAACUGCGGGACAGGAGUUAGGCACAGGGGCUAAGGUGCUUGUUUCCCAAAUCAGGGAUGAGGGGUAGGGGGUUGGUAGGCGAGAACGAAAGAAGUCAGUUUCCCAGAAUCCUCUGCAUGUUACCCAGGAUUCUCCAGAGAAAAAUAAGAAUGUCCAGUUACCCACAAUUGGGGCGGGGGUGGGGGGACAUGAUGAAAAUGCCUAGUUACCCACAAUUCUCUAGGGGAACCAGAGAAAUCAAUUACCCAGAAUUCUUCCCAGGCAGCGGGGAGGGGAGGGAUUAGGGCAGGGGUCAGAUGUGUUCUUGGGAUGCUUAUGGGGAUUGGGUCAUUACCAAGAUUUCUCCAUGGCGGAUAUUUUGGAGCGCGUGGAAUUAAAACGAGUAGGGGGAGAGAAAGCGCCGUCACCUCCGCGGGAAAUUCCAGUUUCCCCAAUUCUCCCCCGCGCCUGACGCUCAACCAAACCCUAAGGCGGAAAGGACGUCGGUCUCCCAGGCAGAGCUUCCAAUCAGGAAGGGCGUGGGGCUCACCUAAGCCAAUCAGAAGGAUACAGGUACAGACGGCUCCGCGAGAGGACGCGCGACGCAUGGGAGAGAAAAAAGGAAGCGGGAGCCGGGCUCUUAAGACGGUCCAGAUAGCCGUGGCUUUUACGAUUCUUAGUGUCCAAUGUAAUAGAAUGAGAAUGCAGGAUCUGAAACCAGAUGGUCUGCACUGGACUUCUGGACACUCAACUCUGUAAUCUUGGGCCUCCCAGAAUGGGGCCACAUUUGGGAAGAAGACAGGAGAUAUUAAACACAAGUGAGGCAGGAGCCACCACGAUUCAUGGAGAGCAUUACACACAUACCCCAUCCCAGGCCUCCAGCCACAGCAACCACACGUCUCAUUUCCCUUGGAGCUGAGGCUGCAUACCUGGGCUCCCCACGGAGGGGGAUGAUGCAGGGAGGGGAAUCCCACCUGCUGUGAGUCACCUGCUGCUAUAAAGGGCGGGCCUUACAAUGCAGGGACCUUAAAAAGAGACUCAGAGACAAGGGGAGAGAAAACAGCAGGAAGCAGCUCAGAAACUCAGUGAACAACAGAAGGAACCAAAGCAGAGGCGCGCAGAACAGACAGCAUCAGGCUCAGAAGAGAGGGAAGUGGGCAGAAAUUCCACAAGGACCGGCGCAAGGCACAGAGCCAGCCAGAUUUAAGAAGCAGGCGACGGGAUGCUGGGAAGCAGGGUUCUGAUGCUGCUGUUGCCGCUGAUGCUGCCGCCACUGACCUGGCUGGCUGAGACCCGGGCCGUGCCUGAGGGCAGUCGCCCUGCCUGGGUCCGGGGCCAGCAGCUCUCACAGCAGCUCUGCACGCUGGCCUGGGGCACACAUCCUCCGAUGGGGCAUGUGGACUUACCAAGAGAAGAGGAAGAUGAUGAGACUACACAGGAGGUCCCCCGUAUCCAGUGUGGGGAUGGCUGUGAUCCCCAAGGACUCGAAGACAACAGUCAGUUCUGCCUACAAAGGAUCCACCAGGGCCUGGUUUUUUAUGAGAAGCUGCUGGGCUCAGACAUUUUCACAGGGGAGCCUUCUCCACUCCCCGACGGCCCUGUGGGCCAGCUUCACGCCUCCCUCCUGGGCCUGAGGCAACUCUUGCAGCCUGAGGGUCACCACUGGGAGACUGAGCAAACUCCAAGCCCCAGUCCCAGCCAGCCAUGGCAGCGCCUCCUUCUCCGCUUCAAGAUCCUUCGCAGCCUCCAGGCCUUUGUGGCUGUAGCUGCUCGGGUCUUUGCCCAUGGAGCAGCCACCCUGAGCCCCUAAGGCCAACGGCUUAAGGAUGGCACCCAGAUCUCCAUGGCUCAGGAGGGCUGAAAUCAAUCAGCCCAGGCACCUGGGAGUUAAUUAGUCCAUUAAUUCUAAUGAGACUUGCGUAUGUUGAAAAUUACCAAUACUAACUUACGCUGCUGAUCUAGGACCAAGCUGAGUAUUUAUUCAAUAAGAAGGGAAAACUUGAGAUUAUUUAUCCUCAGGACAGCAGCUUGGGGAGGAUUAUUUAUUAUAUUUAUUCUGAAUUAUGUACUUUUUUCAAUAAAGAUUUAUUUAUGUGGAUAUCUGAGUGUGAUUUCUAGCCUUGGUUGGGAAAAGGAAAAACAGGGCCAAAAGACUAUAGUAUGCAUCUUUCUGUUCUGCAGGGCUCCAGUGGAGGGGCUAUAUCCUCAUGAUCUUCUGGUGUACGCAUAAAGUAACAGGGAUCUUUUUGGUCUAGAUCCCUGUAUAGCUAAGCAAGCUGAAUGGGAUUACCAAGGAUUAAGACUAGGAAAUUGGACCAGUAAAUGUGACUGCUUUUGCUGUCUGACCCUGUGCUUCCUUACUUUCUUGGCCAAGAGUGUAUUUGGCCAAACACAGGAAUCCCAAUCACUGCAGGAUCAAAAGAGCUUUUUGAGCAGGAAGGGCAUUCCAGAAAGAUGGUGGUAAAUCCCCCAAAUUAAUGGAAUUCUCCCUGAGUGGUCAUCUGUGAGCCCCAUUAGAGGGUUUGACUACCCAAAGGGAGGUCAGCUACCUUUGGAAACAAAGAAAAGGGGAAGGCUACUGUGGUCAUUCCCCAUCCUUUUCUCCACAGUCACAAGAUUAAAAACACAUGGGCUUUGGAAUCAAACAGACCCCGUCUUGUAUCUUGGCUUUGUCACCAACCAGCUGAGUGACAAUGGGCUAGUUAUAGAACUGCUCAUCAUAUACCCCAACUCACAGAUGGCUCCCAACGCCCCUGGAAGAAUCUAAGGGACAGGAAGACCUGUUCUAAAUAGGGGGGUAAGGAGUGCCCGGGUGGCUCAGUCAUUAAGAUUCUGCCUUCAGCUCAGGUCAUGAUCCCA